AAAACAGCACAUGUUGCAUAUUUACACCUGCGCAGUCACGGCGAGCUUUCUACUCAAUUAAUCACGCAGGGCAGCAAGAUGAAGAAGCAAAAGGAGAGCCAAUGCACUCAGAAGACCAUCUCAUUGCUGAGCCCCCUGGGGACGAUCCAAGUCAGUGGAUGUGAGAAUGGUGUGCACACCAUCCAGAUCCUAAUGGAUGUCGCACCUGCUGAAAGGAGCAGCGAGGCCCCCCUGAGCUGUGUGGUCAACGACAGCCCGGCAGAAACGAGCCCCGAGAUGCAGCGCUGCGUUGAAUGGCUCCAGGCGUACUUCAGUGAGCCGCAGACCGCUGGGAGUCUCCCGCUCCCUGCCUUUCACCACCCCGCCCUGCAAGGAGAUGCGUUCACCAGCCGCGUGCUCCACAUACUUCUGAAGAAUGUGAAGUUUGGAGAGACGGUCUCGUAUAAACGCCUCGCUGAGAUGGCGGGAAACCCCAAAGCGGUGCGGGCAGUGGGAGGGGCUAUGAGGAAGAACCCGGUUCCUCUCCUCAUUCCUUGUCACCGAGUCAUUUCCAGCUCCGGACAGAGUGGGCCGUACAUGAGCGGCAAGGGCGACCAUCUCAAACAAUGGCUGCUCACCCAUGAGAGGCAGAGAGGGGAAAGCUGAAGCAUGACAGAGCUCAACUGUCCUUCAUUCAGUACACACACACACACACACACACACACACACACACACACAUUGAUUUGACUGGGUUGAUUUUUUCUGUUUAAGGACACAAAACAAACCCAUAAAGUUAGUUGUGCUUG